CACUUCCUGUUUUGGAUAAAGCGGAAACAGAAGAGAGGAAGGUCCUCUCACAGAUCUGUCUAAAGAGAUGCUCAAAAGCAUCUGUAAACCUUAUAUUUAACCGUACAUUUCGGAGCGCAUUCCUCGGAUUUAUUUCGAGUUUGAUAAACACUUUCCUUGGAUCUUUGAAGACAAACCAAACGCAAAAUGAAUGGAGCAGCUUUCCCCUCCCCCACGGCAGAGAUGGCCGAGAUGAACCGGAUCCAAUAUGAGCUGGACUACACUGAGGGGAUCAGCCAAAGGAUGAGGGUUCCAGAAAUGCUCAAAGUGGCUCCUCAACCUCACGAGAACCCCAGUGUUGUACUCGAGGGGGUCCCCCAUGGUGUCAUCAUGCAAGUCCCAGAGAGGAUUGUGGUUGCAGGAGACAGUAAUGCCCCUCAGUUCACCAGACCCAGAGAUUUAGACCUUAUUCAGUCAACACCACUAGAAGCACUGUCACUUAAAACUCCACCAAGAGUCCUCACUCUGAACGAGCGGCCGCUGGACUUUUUAGAAGAGGAGCAACGGAUGGCUCCAGAUGCUGAGGAGGUGUCCCAGCCCCAAGGACGUUUACGACGGGAACGAUCAGCCAGUGAGAAUGCAGCUGUCCGUAAUAACAGCCAGUUGGUUCAUAACGAUUCUGCUCCGAGCCCACCCCCCUCUGCCACUGUACACCCAUGUCCCCCUCUGAGCGUGGCUGAAGAUCACAACCUGUACAGCGCUAGCGGCGUUCUAUCUUUCAUCCAGUCCACCACCCGCCGGGCCUACCAGCAGGUCCUGGAGGUCUUGGAUGAGAACCCUCGCAGCAAACCAUCACUGCGAGGGGGGUCAGCUUCAAGCUCCAACCCCCUGCAGGAGUCCAGGCUUGCACUGUCAGCAUAUGAAGCCUCUCUGGAUGGGACGGCUGAUGACAUGACUGUGGUUGAUGCUACUACACUCCGACGUCAGCUGGUCAAGCUGAACCGCAGGCUGCAGCAUCUGGAAGAAGAGAACAAGGAGCGAACAAAAAGAGAGAUGAUCCUGUACACCGUCACCGUGGCUUUCUGGCUCGUCAACACUUGGGUGUGGAUGCGACGUUAAAGCUGGCCUUUAUUUUUCUUCCAUCAGCAUGAAAGGAGAACGUACUAUCCCCAAUGUAUGUGUCAAAUGUUAACUACCUGCUGCACUGUCCCCUGUGUGAGGAGCACUCGCCACGAGCACGGCCUGUUGCACACAGGGGUGAUUUGAUCUUAGGUUUUGGUUAAUUUAAUACAUGUACAGUUUUAUUUUUUUACACUUGCUUCGCUCCAGCUAUUCCAUUUUAUUCAUUUCGUUUCAUUCCAAAUCUUGUUGCCUACUGCCAAGUGUAACUUGUAAAUAUUUGUUCUUGCUUAUUCCUGCUUUGGACUCCGCUAAGAGAUACAGUGAAGGUUCAUGUUGCAACAUAGGAUUAGAAGAAGCUGCAGUGUGGAGACCUGCAGCUCUGUAAUGGUAGCAGGCUGGAUCGUAAGAAUCACUAUAUAAAAAUUCUACCCAUGA